AUGUUGGUAGAGGUGGUGUCUCCUUUGUUUCUUCUGAGAAGUAUUCCAACAGAGCGCCAAGGAAGAAGAAGUCUCAAGUUGACGUGUGCAGCUUCGGCUGCUACCGUCCUAACGAACAUUGUUGCCCAUCGGGGGCCCCUUCCGUCGUCGUUUGUGUCCGCGUUUCUGAUUACCGUUUUGUUCUGGCUGUCCGCUGUCUACCAGAGUUCUGUCCUUUUUUCUUCGUCUGCGCUUCAUGCGGCGUCUCUUGGUGUCUGCUGUUCGUGGGGGUUGUGUACGCACCAUUUCCCGCUCUCUGAGCUGCGCGUCCGCCUUCGUCUGGCAGUUGGAUUGUCUCUGGUCGUCGUUUCGUUGUUCCUGUUCCUGCCUGUGGCUCUCGGUGACGUCUGCUGUUUGUCAUGGUUGUGUACGCACUAUUUUCCUCUCUCUGAGCGAUGCGUCCGCCUUUGUCUGGCAGUUGGAUUGUCUCCAUUUGUCGUCUCUUCGUUCCUGUUUCUUUCUGUGGCUUCUGGUGGCGUCUGCUGUUCGUCAGGGUUGUGCACGCACUAUUUUCCUCUCUCUGAGCGAUGCGUCCGCCUUCGUCUGGCAGUUGGAUUGCCUCUAUCCGUCAUUCCUUCUUCAAAUCAGCUCCCUCCUGUGGCUGGUGGCAUCUGCUGUUCGUCAGGGUUGUGUACGCACUAUUUUCCUCUCUCUGAGCGAUGCGUCCAUCUUUGUCUGGCAGUUGGAUUGUCUCCAUUUGUCAUCUCUUCGUUUCUGUUCUCUUCUGUGACUUCUGGUGGCGUCUGCUGCUUGUCAGGGUUGUGUACGCACUAUUUCCCUCUCUCUGAGCGAUGCGUCCGCCUUCGUCUGGCAGUUGGACUGUCUCUAGUCGUCUUGGGAGUAGAUAGAGACAUUCAGUGUUUUACUCAUUAGCAAUAGUCUUGGACUACAAGUAGAACAUUUCAUUUUAACAAUAACUGUUUGUAGUAGUGAAGAUUGUUGACAAUAAACUUGAUUCUG